UGCGCAGAAGCGCUGUCACGACCCGUUAGCUUUUUCGGUCAGAGUAUAGGCUAGGCUAAGCUAACACAGCUAUCAUGAAGGCUCUUCGAGGAAUGGUGAGCGGAGCCGUGAACGAGAUUACAUCGGCUGUCAGCGGGCAUAAAAUUGCCGCGACCCGUGAACACGUCCUCGCAGUCAACCGCGACUACAUUUCUCAACCGAGACUGACAUAUAAAACUGUAUCAGGUGUCAAUGGGCCUCUGGUGAUCUUGGACCAAGUGAAGUUUCCCAGGUACGCCGAGAUCGUCCACUUGACCCUCCCCGAUGGCACGAAGCGCAGCGGCCAGGUGCUGGAGGUCACCGGCUCCAAAGCCGUCGUCCAAGUGUUUGAAGGAACGUCAGGUAUCGAUGCCAAGAAGACAAGCUGUGAAUUUACAGGGGACAUUUUACGCACACCCGUGUCUGAGGACAUGCUGGGCCGCGUGUUUAACGGAUCAGGAAAGCCGAUCGACCGAGGUCCGGCCGUCUUGGCCGAGGAUUACUUGGACAUCAUGGGCCAGCCCAUCAACCCACAGUGCCGUAUCUACCCCGAGGAGAUGAUCCAGACCGGCAUCUCGGCCAUCGACGGCAUGAACAGCAUCGCCAGAGGGCAGAAAAUCCCCAUUUUCUCUGCAGCCGGUCUCCCACACAACGAGAUUGCAGCGCAGAUCUGUCGGCAGGCCGGUCUGGUCAAGAAGUCCAAAGAUGUGACGGACUACAGCGAUGAGAACUUUGCCAUUGUGUUUGCAGCUAUGGGGGUGAACAUGGAGACAGCUAGAUUUUUCAAGUCUGACUUCGAGGAGAACGGAUCCAUGGACAAUGUGUGCCUGUUCCUGAAUCUGGCCAAUGAUCCUACGAUUGAACGCAUCAUCACUCCUCGACUGGCGCUGACCGCCGCUGAGUUCCUGGCCUAUCAGUGUGAGAAACACGUCCUGGUCAUCCUGACUGAUAUGAGCUCCUACGCUGAAGCUCUGCGAGAGGUGUCUGCAGCGAGAGAGGAGGUGCCUGGACGGCGUGGUUUCCCUGGUUACAUGUACACUGAUCUGGCGACAAUCUACGAGCGGGCGGGGCGAGUGGAGGGACGUAACGGUUCCAUCACUCAGAUCCCCAUUCUCACCAUGCCCAAUGAUGACAUCACGCAUCCCAUUCCUGAUUUGACCGGCUACAUCACAGAGGGUCAGAUCUACGUCGACCGACAGCUUCACAACAGACAGAUUUAUCCUCCGAUCAACGUGCUGCCGUCUCUAUCUCGACUCAUGAAGUCGGCCAUCGGAGAGGGAAUGACACGCAAGGACCACUCGGAUGUCUCCAACCAGCUGUACGCGUGUUACGCCAUCGGGAAAGACGUCCAGGCCAUGAAGGCUGUAGUAGGAGAAGAAGCUCUGACGGCCGAUGAUCUGCUCUACCUGGAGUUUCUGCAGAAGUUUGAGAAGAAUUUCAUCUCUCAAGGCGCUUACGAAAACCGCACUGUGUACGAAACCCUGGACAUCGGCUGGCAGCUGAUGCGAAUCUUCCCUAAAGAGAUGCUGAAAAGGAUCCCGCAGAGCACGCUGGCCGAGUUUUACCCCCGAGAGUCCAAACACUGAGCCGCUGUUCCGUUCUGCUGUACGCUCUUUAUUUCUCUUCUCACGUGUAUUUCCACCCCUUAAAUAUAUCACCCCAGAUGUGAUUAGUUAUAAACUCCUCUCACUGUAGCCUCGUAGUUCUCUGCUCCUGCUCACUGUACAUGAUCUAAACGCUAAUUGUGGCCAAACAGUGAUGUGUAUAUAUAUAUACGUAUGUUGUGAAUAUUGUCGCUGUAAAGUGUGUGUGUGUGUGUGGGUGGGUGGGGGGAGAUAGAUUAGUCCUGGUGCCAUCAAUAGAGUGCUGGAAUUAUCAUUACGGAAUAUAAAUAUAAAGCUGUGCGUGUGUGUUUGAUGGGCAGAAGUGCAACACGGUCCAAAUAAUAUAGUAAUUAUAAAAAAAUGUACAAAGAAUUUACAGGAAAGUCGAAGUCGAUCAGAUGAACGCUCCGAUGUACAAAGACUUCCACGAACAAUACGGCGUACUACGUUACACAAGACAAAUGCGCUGUGAUUGGAUGUUACAGGAAAAAGGCGUAGCCUAGUUGAUUUAUUCAUAGCAUCAUAUAAGCAUGCUAAACUCGUUAUCUUCAGCCAUUUAUUUAUUUAUUUAUUUAUUGGCAGUUCUUCCUCAUGCUCUGUGUUGCCAUAGUAACAGCAAUCUUAUUCCUUAUUUGUGGAAAACACAGCACCACCUGUUGGACCGGAGAACUCGACCCGUGUGCCACAGACAAUGAGAAAAAAACACCAAAAAGUACUGAAUAUAUUUCAGAGUAAGCGUGUUGUGACAUCACAAUAUCGAUACUGUGCCAUCAUACGACACAAAACUAACGGACUUCGCUCUCUGUAGAAAUAAACCCAAAUAUCUGACGCUACGUGACGACGUUCUGUUCCGCUCUUCCACCGCGUCAUGAUGUUAGACCACGUCUGGACGUUACUACUAAGCGUGUAACACGUGAUCCGGCUCAUGUCGUUUGUUCAACGCUUCGAACAAACAAAUAAGAAAACACGAGUUACACUUUCGCCGUCUGUCAAAAUUUGAUAACGAACCUUUAAGCUUUGGUGCAGAACUAAAGAACCGAACAGCCGAUAAACAGAAAACUGUAAACAAGAUUCUUCUUUACGAGCGACUCUUUUCAUGCUAAACGUAGCGUUAAGUCUUAACAAGCAAACAUCUUUCUGUUCCUUUAUGUUAUUAUAUAAUAUAUUCACAUUCAGUCGUAGUGCAGAUGAUGGAGGUGAACAUUUACCAAGCAAUAUUAUUAUUUUUAUUGUUCAUUCCCAAUAAAAGCUACACACACACUUCUUUCCAAUCUCUAACACACACCAUUUAUUUUUCUGCCGUACUUAUUUGAUUUGUCGAAGGUUGUUUGAUAUUUUAUUUUAUUUAUUUUAUUGAGGUUUUUUAUUAUCAGGAUUAUUUAUUCGUGCCAUGGAGGCCGUGCGUUCAGUGUGUCGUUGUCGUCGUUGUUCCUCGUUCGAUGGAUGUGCCGCAGUAACGUGUGUAUCGCCUCACCUGUGAGUUUCACAUGGAAGGAUGUGAUUUCUGUAUGAAUGCAUGUAAUCAUGUGAUUGUGAAGCGUCUGUAUAUCAUUCGGUCUGGAGAAUAAAAUCCAUUCACGUGCAA